AUGAUGUUCUUCAUUUUGAGUCUUAUCUGGUUCUUGCCGUUUGCGGCGAGAGCCCAGGAGGAAUUGAACACGAAUGUCAUUACCUCAAAGGAAACAAAGUAUACUUGGGUUAGCGUCCGUCUUCCUCACGCCCCAGACUCCUAUAUUCUCGAUUCCGAGAAUUACUACUUUGUGAAUGACUUCUGCUACAGCAAAAACGACUGGAACAAAUUCAUGCAGUGCAAACUAGAACCAAAUGGCACUGAAUAUAUUGCAAAACUGUUAGUCCAUGAGCCCGCAAAGCACAUCAGACUCAGCUGGAGUAUGCCCGAAUUCAAGAAUCAAGCCAAGAUGUCCUACAUCACGCAAUUCUUCAUGCCUAACAACGAGUGGAAGCAAAGGGAUAAAUACUGUCUGCAGCCCCAAUACUCCACCCCACUGAUCCGCCCAGAUAUAAAGGAGGAUUUUGUGGAAAUCAAGUGCGCCAUCUACCUACCGUCCUGUUACUUUAGCAGAAAUGUGAGUUCCGUCAUGUUUGUUAAUUUCAAGCCCAAAGUGCUUAAUCCUACUACAUUCGAUCCCUAUCUCCCUAAAAUUGACAAACUUCGCAUCAGAACCAUCUUCUCCAUUAACAACUUCAAUUUUUACCACGACUUUGCCUGA